AUGUUUGCACAUUUCUCUUUCCACUUGUUUUCAUUUGUAUGCUCACUCAUAUUUGUGUGGUGUGUGGGUGCGUGUGCAUGCGUGUGUCUACAGACAGAGGAUGGAGAAGAGGAGAGCCCGCUGGAGACCUCGACCUCUUUGGAGCUGGAAUUUGUGGAAGAUCCCAAUUUUAAAAACAAGGUCAACUACUCCUCCAGUGCGGUCCAGAUUCCUACAGACAUAUACAAAGGCUCCCCAGUCAUCCUAAAUGAGUUAAAUUGGACCCAGGCCCUGGAAAGGGUCUUCAUUGAAAACCGUCGGGAGGACAGCUCUCUGCGCUGGCAGGUGUUUGGCAGUGCCACAGGAGUGACUCGAUACUACCCAGCCACUCCAUGGAGAGCACCCAACAAGAUUGACCUGUAUGAUGUCCGCAGAAGACCAUGGUAUAUCCAAGGUGCAUCGUCUCCAAAGGACAUGGUCAUCAUUGUGGAUGUGAGUGGAAGUGUCAGUGGUCUCACUCUAAAGCUGAUGAAAACUUCAGUGGUGGAGAUGCUGGACACUCUGUCAGACGAUGACUAUGUGAAUGUGGCACGAUUCAAUGAGAAGGCCGAUGCUGUUGUUCCAUGCUUCAGGACUUUGGUCCAAGCCAACGUUCGUAACAAGAAGAUCUUCAAGGAGGCCGUCGCGCACAUGCAAGCCAAAGGAACCACAGAUUACAAGUCUGGCUUCACAUUUGCCUUUGAACAGCUUCUCAAUGAGAGCAGCGCCCCGAGGGCCAACUGCAAUAAGAUGAUAAUGAUGUUUACAGAUGGCGGGGAGGAUCGUGCACAGGAAAUCUUUGAGAAGUACAACUGGCCCAACAAAACGGUUCGUGUCUUCACCUUCUCUGUUGGCCAGCAUAAUUAUGAUGUAACGCCGUUGCAGUGGAUAGCCUGUGCCAAUAAAGGUUACUACUUUGAAAUCCCAUCGAUUGGAGCCAUCAGAAUCAACACCCAGGAGUACCUGGAUGUCCUGGGUCGUCCCAUGGUGCUGGCUGGGCCUAAAGCCAAGCAGGUCCAGUGGACAAAUGUUUACCAGGACGCUCUGGGUUUGGGUCUUGUCAUCACUGGGACGAUGCCAGUCUUCAACCUCACUGCUGACACUGCAAGCGCUCAGAACCAGCUCAUCCUUGGAGUGAUGGGAGUUGACAUUGCAAUCAACGAAAUCAAAAGGAAGACACCUACAUACAGGCUCGGAGCCAAUGGCUACACCUUUGCAAUUGACCCAAACGGCUAUGUCUUGCUGCAUCCUAAUCUGCGACCCAAGAUCAUUAACUUCAGAGAGCCUGUCACUCUGGACUUCCUGGAUGCAGAGCUGGAGGAUAACAACAAGGAAGAGAUCCGACGACAGAUGAUUGAUGGCAAACCAGGGCAAAGGAAAAUCAAGACACUCAUUAAGUCAGUUGAUGAGAGGUACAUCGACGAGGCAGUACGGACAUACACAUGGACGCCUGUGGAGGGCACAGAUUACAGUCUAGGGUUGGUACUGCCCACAUAUAGCGAGAACCAUAUCAAAGCCAACCUGAGUGACCAGAUCCUUCAGGUGCAGUAUUUUGAAUCACUGCUGCCAAACAGUUUUGAGUCUGAAGGACAUGUAUUCAUUGCUCCCAGGGAAUACUGCAAUGACCUGGAACUAUCCAACAACAACACUGAGUUCCUGCUCAACUUCAUUGCUCUCAUGGAGAAGGUGACACCAGACUCCAAACAAUGCGACAAUUUGCUUCUUCAUAACCUGAUUCUGGACACUGGCAUCAUCCGGCAACUGGUCGAUAAAGUGUGGAAGAAUAAAGACCUGAACACAUAUGGCUUUCUGGCCGUGUUUGCUACCACAGAUGGAGGAGUUACAAGAGUGUUUCCGAACAAGGCUGCAGAAACCUGGGAGGAAGACCCUGAGCCGUUUAAUGCCAGCUAUUACCGCCGCAGUCUUGACAACAAGGGCUACAUUUUCCGAGCGCCUUAUCGUACAGCCAGAGAUGAGCUGCUGAACCCAGAGAAUGACACCAUAGGGAUCCUGGUCAGCACAGCUGUGGACAUCACAAUAGGAGGGAAGACCAUCAAACCCGCAGUGGUUGGGGUGAAACUGGAUCUUGAAGCCUGGGUGGAUAAGUUUAAGAUUCUUGCCAGUAACCACACAGACGGUCGCCAAGGCUCAAACACGUGUGGACCAAACAGAGGCUGUGAAAUGGACUGCGAAGCCAACAGUGAUGAUCUCCUGUGCUAUUUAAUAGAUGAUGGUGCUUUCCUAAUCAUGUCUAAUCAGAAGGAAGACUGGAACAAGGUGGGCAUGUUCUUCAGUGAUGUUGACCCCUAUCUGAUGCACGCGCUUUACAACAAUUCUUUCUACAACCGCAAGCUGUCAUUCGACUACCAGUCAGUGUGUGAACGGAUGCCUAACAGCGAGGCUGGAGCUGCACGCAGAGGAGUGUUUGUGCCCACAAUUGCAGAUUUUGUGAACCUGGCUUGGUGGACAUCAGCAGCUGCAUGGUCUUUGUUCCAACAGUUUAUUUACGGACUGGCUUAUCACAGUUGGUUUGCCACAGAUGAGGUGGAUGCAGAUGGAAUCGACUCCAAAGAGCGGAGUUGUGUAAUGAUCCAGACCCAGUACUACUUAAGUAAUCUCAGCAGUUCCUACAACAUACUCCAAGACUGUGGCAACUGCUCCAGGCUGAUUCACGCCAAGAGGAUAAACAACACCAACUUGCUGUUUGUGGUGGCAGAGAAGAUGCCAUGCAACACCUGCGAGAUAGAGAAGCUGUCCCAGGAGGAGGAGGAGUUCAAGGAGGAAAAUCCAUGUGAAGUAUUGGCUGUUGCACGCUAUCGAAAAGGACCCUCUACUUGCUUUGACAACAACAUAUCUGAGAACACGUCGGACUGCGGGCGAGGCCACUCUUUCCGUCCGUCCUUCUACAACUUACUGCUCAUUCAGCUGCUGCUGCUUUAUCCGGCCGUCAGCCCCCACGUUCAGUCUCUACUACAUUAAUUUAAUUUUCCUCCACUUGUCCUUCCUUUAGCCCUCCCGAGCUUCUCUCCUGUCCUAAAUCCCCCUCCGUGCCCACCCCACCUCUGAGCCCCCACCCCCACUGAUAUAGUCA